UUGCCAAGAAUGAUUAUGCAUUUAUAUUAAUUCAUACUCCGGUAUUUCUCUCUCUCUUUCUUUCUUUUUUACUUUGUGAUGAAUUCCCUUUAUAAUCAUGCUUUAAAGCAAAGUCAUGCACUUGAAAGAGACUUGCAGAAGUUUCAGUCAGGGCAAGAUGAUUCAGUAGGAUUACAAGGGCAGAUCUCUGCUUCAUUCAACACGUUACAACGUUCUAUUGAUGACUAUGAAAAUUUGGCUAAACGAGAAAUGAUUCCAGUUAAAAAAGAAACUGCUUUAACACGCGUGGCAAAAUUUAGACAAGAACUACAAGAAAUGAAAGUGCGCUUUGAAGCCAUUAAAAGACAACAAGAAACUCAGAAACUCGAGCAGAACCGAGAAAGUUUAUUAAGAAGACCUCAUCGAGCAACCAAUGUGGUAAGUACAACAUGUACCUGGCCAGAACAUCCUUACCAGCCAUUAUCUCGAGAUGAAUUUGCAUUGCGUGAACAAUCGUUUGCUAGAAAUACAGAUUCUCAAUUAGAUGAUUUCAUUGGUCAAGCACAAACAUUGUUAGAAAAUUUGACAGAUCAACAUUCGAUACUCAAGAAAACGCAAAAAAAGAUAUUGGACACAGCUAAUCAUUUGGGCUUAUCACAAAAUGUGAUUCGAUAUAUUGAGAGAAGGUCAGCACAAGAUAAAUGGAUCUUUUAUGGUGGUAUGGCCUUGACUUGUUUAUGUCUAUGGGCUAUUGUUCAUUUUAUUGGCUAAUAAUAAAGGAGUUUAAAUCAUGGAUGAUUUUUGUGGCUUGGCUGACGCAGCAAAAA